GAUGACAUAAACAGUGUCGUUAAGGAUGAAUUAACGCAACUUCUAGAAAAAAUUACGAAUGAAGGGAAAUGGAAUGAGGUUGAUUCAUACUGCAAAGGCGACAUUGGUUCGACGUCAAAGGACACCAAGGGAGAAAAAACUGCAAAGCAAAAAGCUUGUAAGCUUUUUGCUUUAGGUUUAAAACACAUUUCUGAUAUUAACAACAGCAACAACAAAAGUCAUGAGAUACCACUUAAACAAACUAUGAUGUGCGCAGCACUUAAUCUUUAUGCUGAUCAAUUAAUAAAAAAAUCAAAAGAACAAUGUCCUCUCGAUGGAACUAAAUUGGGACAGGCAAUAACCCACGCUUUUGGUAAAAGUAAAGACAUUAUGGGGAAUGGAAAAUCUUCAUGCAAUAAUGGUGUUAGUUCUUGUUUUGAAUGCACGAGGCAUAGCCCUUUCCCCGAUUGCCAAAUUGGCAAAGACAAAAUAGAGGGGAAUAUGACCCAACUCCUCAACAACGAAGACCAAAUCAACACCAACUCCAACAACAACCAGGAAAAAACACUAGAGAAAAUAAAUAAAAUCGAAACUUUCUGUACUCAAGUCCAAUGUGCCAUUAAACAACACUACAGAAACAAAAUAAUAAAUGGACAGUCAGGUGUAACGACCACACCUAAGUGGGAUGACAUAAACCAUGACGCCGAAGGUGUACUAACGGAACUUCUAGAACAAAUGACGGAAGGUCAGACUAAAGGGAAUCUUGCCAAAUAUUGCAAUGACAACGACGCUAAAUGGAAUACUUUACGCAAUAAAGAAAAACAAACAAAUAGAGCAGCUUGUUUACUUUUUGCUUCAGGGUUAAAGCACAUUUAUGGCCGCGGCAGCGGCCCUAAGUUGGGCCAUGUUAAGGGCCCAUCGUUUGGACAAACGAUGGGUUGUUUAUUUCUUAAAGAAUAUGCAAAACAAUUAAAAGAAAUGGCAUUAAAACAAAAAGAUUAUAAGGUACAUCCUCUUUGUAGCGUAGAUAAGGGCAUAGAUCACGCUUUCGAAAAAAGUAAAAACAUUAUGAAUGACACACCUCCAUGCAACAAGAAUGUUAAUAAAGACUGCUUCGAAUGCAAAUGGAAUGAGAACGAUUAUGAUGAUUGCAAAAUUGGCACAGAAGAAGUAAAGCCCAAAGUGGAACCAAUGCUCAAGGGCGAUCCAAAGAACAAAAACCUAAUGGAUGAAACACUAGCGAAUACACUUUGUCCCAUCCUUCCUAUGGAUUUUCUUACCCCUUUUCUUCCUUUGGCUCCUGUCUCUAUUGGCCUUUCUGCUAUGGCUUAUUACCUUUGGAAGUAUUUUGGUCCUCUUGGUAAAGGAGGAUCACGUUUCAGAAGAUCUCCUACUGAAAUUCCUGGUUCAUCAGUACAGGAACAAGUCCUCGAUCAUGUGGAAGAAGCUGGUCCACAUGAAUAUCAAUUGAUGAAGGAACGAAAACCUCGUUCUGCUCCAACAAGAACAAAACGUUCUGGUCGCGUGAAUCGUCGAACGAUUAUUGAAAUUCAUUUUGAAGUGUUGGACGAAUGUCAAAAAGGGGACACACAAUUGGCUCAGAAGGAUUUUCUGGAACUUUUGGUUCAAGAGUUCAUGGGAUCGGAAUUUAUGGAAGAAGAACAGGUUCCUAAGGAACUUGUUCCUAUGGAAGGUGUUCCUAUAGAACUUGUUCCUAUUGAAGAGGUUCCAAGUUUAGGUUCCGGGCUUAUGGUUUAG